ACCGAGUCCUUCCUUUUCCGACCGGCUCGCCUGGUUUUCGCAUCUGAGCUGUCAGGUGCCGCUGUCGCCGUCGUCACUGCCACCCACUGGGCUCAGUGGCCCCGACCCCCCCUUCCCGCCGCCCCAGCCCCGCACAAGAUGUCAGAGGAUCUAGCAAAACAGCUAGCCAGCUACAAAGCUCAACUUCAACAAGUAGAAGCUGCAUUGUCUGGAAAUGGAGAGAAUGAAGAUUUACUCAAACUAAAGAAAGAUUUACAAGAAGUUAUAGAACUAACGAAAGACCUUCUGUCAACUCAACCUUCUGGAACUCUUACAAGUUCAGACAGUUUUGCUUCUAUCCAGCCUACUCAUUCAUGGAAAGUAGGAGACAAGUGUAUGGCAAUCUGGAGUGAAGAUGGACCAUGAUAUCUUUACAGGUGUUACCAAGCGGAGAUUGAGGAGAUAGAUGAAGAAAACGGCACUGCUGCAAUCACCUUUGCUGGCUAUGGCAAUGCUGAAGUAACACCAUUGUUGAAUCUCAAGCCUGUAGAAGAAGGAAGGAAGGCAAAGGAGGACAGUGGCAGCAAACCCAUGUCAAACUCCUCUUUUGUUCUGCACUUCAAUGUGUGCACAAACUCAAUAAAGUUAAGCAAAUUGAUAAAGAUCCAGAAAAAUAUGCUAAUAUUAUCUUUAGAUGGGAAUCAAGAUUGUUACUUUACCAUCCACUGA